UGAACAGCAAUGAACGGGCUGCGAAGUAGUUGUCGCUAUACACCACUGACGGGUAGUUGCCACGAGGGUACUUACGAUGACGAGCAUCGGCAUCAUGAAACAUAUAGACGUCAACAAGGAGCAUUCUACCGGACAAUGUUAGCCGACUCCAUGCAUAUCAACAAAGGAAAUGAAUGCUACGAUUUGGAAGAUGGGGAGAACGGUGACGCUGAUGAAGAUGAGCAUCUAGAGCAUGUCUUCGCGCCAGGCUAUACGGGACAGUCACAGAGAAAGUGUUUACUAUGGGCUUGCAAAGCAUGCAAGAAGAAAACAGUCGCUAUCGACAAGAGAAAGGCAGCCACAAUGAGAGAACGAAGACGCUUAAAGAAAGUUAACGAAGCAUUUGAACUUUUGAAGAGACAUACAAGUGCCAAUCCCAACCAGAGACUCCCAAAAGUAGAGAUUCUACGGAACGCUAUUGAAUACAUUGUUAGACUCGAAAAAUUGUUACAUGUGGAAAGAUCCUCGAUGUCAAUUGAUAAACUAGACUACGACUCUGGUAGAGAAUCGGCGAGCCCCAAGGGAAUGGGCGGUUCUCUUAGCAGCAGUCCUGUCUCCAUGUCAACAAGUCCGCUAUCUUUUAAUUCUGAUAAAUUACGUCAUUAUGGUGAAAAUCCACGUGAUCACGGUAUCAGAGGGUAUGACAAUGUUGGUGUCUCCAGUCUCGAUAGUCUGUCACUCAUAGUGGAGAGUAUUAAACCUACGAGCGCCACCAACGGCGACAACAAUCCCACAGAUUACAUUGAUGAAUCUUAAAAGCCAAGUCGAGGCAGCAAGUCCACAGCGAGCCACAAGAAAGAGAACUUUGACACUAAUUUCUGGAUUAUUACCCGAUUUUUUCGCCUUAUUUCGACUGAUUCUUCGUAGCCUAAGUUUAAAGUUUGUUUGUUUCCAGAAUUGGGCUAUGGUACAAGUGGACAGCAAACUAAUAAUACUAUAUUUACUAUGACUAUCAGUGCAUUUGUGUAGCAAUGUGAUAUCAUAUUUAAGAAUAAUACAGUUUUCUACCUCCGAAAGUUGAUGGAUUGGAAUUUUAGGUGACUUUGUUUGUCAACUUGACUCAAUGUAACGAUCUCAGGUGAAAGUGAUUACCUAAGAGGUUCAAUAUACAUAGUACAAGAGUAGUUACACUUGUUUACUCUACAUUCAAUAAUAUAUUAUGUAAAUACCGUGUAUUACUGUAGCAGACAUGUGCUUUGAAAUACGGUUACAUUUUUUAAAUGUUAAGCUCUAUACCAUUCUGUAUCGUAAAAUGUGAUUUGAUAAAUUUAAAUGGCGUCUCAUCGCGUUGUGUUCGAAAUGGGUCAUACUCGUUGUAUACAACGCGUGUAAAUUACAGAGUUUGUUUUUACACGCACUGAGUGAGGAUCGCCGACAUGUUAUCAUAUGGACGUAGAAACCUGGCCGUGUCUCAUAUGCACAUAAAGAAUACUGGAACGUGGUGUGUGUUGACAUUGUUUUAUUAUUUCAGAGUUGUUCACAUAAUGGUACUUUAAAGCGGGAGAGUCGUCAGCUGCGCACAGGCACGCGCGGGACGACGAUAACAACACACGCUAAAAACGCAAAGUCUCAUGGGUAGACGCUUGUUUGUAAACAAUGACACGCCAUGGCUAUCUGAUGCAUGCGCAGGUGACAACUCCCUCGCUUUAAGUCAUUAAUUACGACGAAAGUCGUACCACGUAAUUUUCACAUGAUCCCUAAACAACAAGUUCACAUAUUUUGGGGCGUGUACGAAAUUUUAAUGUUGUAACCUGUUUGAAUGCGUGGGAUAGAUAUGCUAAAGAAAUGAAAGCAAAUCGUCCGUUUAUCUUUUUUCUUUUUUGUACAUAACUACAUUUUAGUUAAUAGUGUGUAUUUUCAAAGUCAGUUUAUUGGAUUAAAACAAAACGCUUCGACGUAAA